AUGUCUGCAGACGGACACGGACUUCCCGACAACGCGGUCAUGGAGGCUCACGACAUGAUGCACCAUGCCGAGCAAGAAGAGCACGAGCACGAAGCCGCUAUGAAGCGCGGGAUCACCGAUGACAUGGCUGAAGCCGAAUACGACCUAAUACACGGUGCCGAGGAGCGAGCGGCUCGGGAUGAGAGGAGACGAAGGGGGUCUAUGACCAAGGUCAAGAAGACCAUAGAAAAACUCAUCCCUGGGAGACAUUGA